GUCAGCAUGGUAGAAGAAGAUUACACCCCAUUGCCUCCUCGUCCAAGAAGCAUAGCACCGGAAGACGAGCUGUUCUCAUUCUCUGGCUCCAACUUGCCACCACCGCCGCCCGCGUUCCAACACGCGGUAGAGCUGGAUCCAGCGGUACCUUUCGACCCUGGACUGGGUUAUACAACGCAGCCUAUCUCUGAGGUGGCAAGUGCACCAUUUGCGGACUGGGACGAGUAUGGUGAGGCCAGUGCGCCGCCGCUGGAGGAGAGCGACGACGAACUGGAUGCAUCCGAGUCAUCCGCAUCUGUUCCACCACCACCACCAGAGGAAACCGAACGACGGCAGCAGUAGAUGGUGAAGCAGUGGAUCACCCGUUCAGUGUACGAUUUAUUUUGCGCCGCCCGGACGGCACGACCUCUGGUCUCGUUGGGGUUAUCACCAUCCCCCUCCUUUGUGCUUGUAUGGUUCUUUGCAAUUUGCUACCUCUCUGUGCCUCUGAUUUAUAGUCUCUUACUGCUCCUUUCCCUUAUUUUGGGGGGAUGUGGGUCUACGUGAUGUACAGGAGAGUUUCCUUCUGGGAUUCAUGGGGUAUUUUGAAGCAGAGAAUGAAACUGUACUGAAUAAAGUAUUGUUUGCGAUGUGAGAUCCAC